CGUUCGUUUUGCGGUGGUGCUUCUGCCUCGGGGGGCUGUUGUCCAGUCAUAUUUAAUAGCUCUUUGAUACUUUAGCUCAAAUUUUAUUCAAAGACUUUUCAAAAUGAUGAAUCCGGAACCAGCAGCUGGUGCUGGUCGACCACAGCAAACUGCUACUGACGAUUCACCUUGGUGGCUAAAAUAUGCUAUUCGAUUUCUUGGCAGCGUAAGCUCAUUAGCAUGUUUGGCAUUGGGAGCUAUGGCCUGCAUUACUAUCACUCCUAAAUGUUUGCUUGCUGGAAUUGUUCAGAUGCUAAAUGGUGUUCUUGUGGCUCUUAUUGAAGCUCCAUGUUUGUGCAUGUUUUUAGAUUUUGCUCAAGUGCCUAGCAAUUUCUUUGAUGGAAAACCUCCGUGGUACAGAGGAUUGCUUUAUGUUAUCAUAUCAAUUUUACCAAUAUCAAUUUGUCCUGGAAUAUCUACAUUCUUUGGAUCUGGCUUAGUAUUUAUCACUGGAUGUUUGUAUGGAAUUAUGGCUUUAGGGAAAAAAGCACCUGUUGAGCAAAUGAGGAUGAAAGCAUCAAGUUCAUACAACUUGCUUCAAAAUUCUCGUGCUGCUGGAGAUGUCGAAACGGGAUCCACAAUGCCAAAAUCUACAGAACCCCCUAGGUCUGGAGUAAUUUAGCCAGAAUAUUAGUGAAAUUUAGUGAUUUUAAAAAAACGAAAUUGAUGUGCGAUGCCCGAUUCCAUUGUUGUGUAAGAAAUGGCUAGAGAAAGAAUGCUUGUUGUUUAAUGGAAUUCAAAAUAUAAGUGUUUUUAUUAGUGUUUCAUUCUGUAUAAAAUCACAAAGAUCCAUAAUUUAACUUGAAAUAUGUUUUACGUCCACUUUGUGAUAAGUCCUAAUUUAUUUCAAGUGCAACUGAAUAUCAUAGUGUGGCAGUGUGCUGUUUGUGAAAUAAUUACUCUUCAUCCAUGACUAAAUGGCCACAUCCUGAUUGGUUAGAAAAUUAGAAGAUGCAUGUAUUAUUGCGUUUAUAAGCAGUUCAGUGUGCAUAAGGUAGUGCUGUUCUCAAUAAUUGAAAUGUAUAAGUGAGAGAGUAACGUGUAUGUACAUAGACAUAUAUUAAAAAUUGAUGUAAAUGUGUCUCCAACUAAUCAGAUUUAAGUAGCCAAAUAGUUGAAUUUUACAAUUUAAACAUGACUUGUAACAUGUAGAAACAUAUUUUUUUUAAUUAUUUUUUUUUGUUUAAUGAUGAUCAAAAACUAUUUCUCAAGAGUAGUUUGCAGCAAAUUUAUUUUUGGAAGUGUUUAUGCUAGUGCUAUUUUUCCCAGAAGUUUUUGUUUUCUUUCUUCAUCUUUGAUCAACAUGGAGCAAGAAAAAUUGAAUUUAGACAGCAGUGAAAUUGUAUUUUAAUUUUAAAAGUUGAAAUAUACUUUUAGUAUUUUAUUAUCAGAAUGAACUUCUUUAUAACUAAGAACUGUAGCCAAGAGAAUAAAACCUGAAAUUGAUAUUUUUACAUUCCAUUUUUCAAAAACUGUAGAAAGAAUUUUAUAUUAUUGGCAACUAGGUAAUUGUUCCUUGUAAGUAUUUUUAUUAUUUUACUGAAAUCUAUUCUAAGUAUGCAGAAAAUUCGGAAGUGUCUUAUGGUUUUCAAUUUAUAACUUAGGCUAUUUUCAUUAUGAAUCUACUCUCAAGAUCCACAAAUAAUCGAAACUUUUUGCAAGUGACAAUAUUUUCGAUAAAUAUCAUGGAUUUUGAUAUUCCAUAUUUUUGAAAAUUGGAAUGAAAUAAAAAGCCUAUCUGUUGAUAUUUACUCUAAAAAUUUCAAUGCACUUCAUUUUGCAUGAAAUCUCUAUAAAAACCUAUUUUAUUUUGAACUCUUCACUAAGCCAGACUCCAUAUGAUAAAAUACUCUGGUAGAAAUAUUUUUUAAAUCCAUACAAAUUAUAAAAUACUCAUGAAAAUUCUAAUACAGAAAACUGAUGAAGAAAUCGGUCGAGUUUGGUUUUUACCUUAGUUGGAGUCGAUAGUCUCAUUUUUUUCAUGAUAUGGCUGAUAGCACUAUAAGUUAUCUGCAUAUAAGUGGAAAAUAUACUUUCUGAACUUUUGAUAGGAAAAGGGUUUUUGAUGCUUUAUGUUUAACAGCUUUUAUAUGUUAAUUUUAUAUUUUUAUACUUUAUCACUACUAGUACAUAUUGUCAUUACUUGUAAAAUGUUUGUUUAUAUUAUCUGAAAUGUGACUGCAGAUAUUGUAAUUUUUUGGGAAGUUUUAAAUUUCCAUCAAUAUUUUAAUGAAAAUGUAUAUAUGUUAAAUUAAUAAAGUUAUGCCCAGUAUGAAGUUGGGUUAACU